AUGACUACAACGAAUGCUAUUAAAGAUUUGUUGGAAGUUCACGAGGAUAAAGAGAGCAAUUUGGUUUUUGAAAAGAACGUCUCUAUUCCUCGAGAAUCAACUUUUCCCAUCAGAUGUAAUGUGUAUCGCCCAAUUGCUGCUGAGGGUGAAAAAUUCCCUGUUCUGGUAACUUAUGGUCCAUAUGGGAAAGACAUCCCAUACGAGAACUUUCACGCAGAUUCGUUCCGGGAAGUAAAUCCCGAGCACAAAUCAGAAUAUAGCGCGUGGGAAACGCCAGAUCCAGUGUUCUGGACCAAGCAUGGCUACGUUGUCGUUCGGGCUGAUGAGCGGGGCUUGGGCCAGUCCCCUGGGUUGCUGGAUACCAUGUCGAGAGGAACAAGCGAGUGCUUUUUUGAUGUUGUGGAAUGGGCCGCUGUACAACCCUGGUCGUCUGGAAAAGUUGGUCUGCUAGGAAUAAGCUACUACGCAGGAAGCCAAUGGCGAGUAGCUGCCAGGCGCCCAAAAGGGUUGGCAGCAAUUGUUCCUUGGGAAGGUAUGUCUGAUUACUACCGCGACCGUUGCAGACACGGCGGUAUACUUUCAAAUGCCUUUAUUCGAUUUUGGUGGAACCGGCAAGUCAUCACCAACCAAUAUGGCAAACCUGGUCGUGCAGCAGCGAAAUGGGGUGAAGAUACCGCAGAAGGUGAUCUUUCACCUGAAGUCCUGGCCGCAAAUAGACGUGAUCAAAAUGAUGACAAUGCCGCCAAUCACUUCCGAGACGAUGACUACUAUGCAUCUAAAGACUUCAAUUUGGAGGAUAUUGAGGUCCCAGUGCUUAGUGUAGCGAAUUGGGGCGGAAUAUUGUUGCAUCUGAGGGGAAACGUGGAGGGCUGGACCUGGGCUGGAUCUAAAUUCAAAUACCUCCGAUUCAUUGUUGGACGACACGACCUCCCAUUCUACUACCACGACGAAGUUGAAGUUCAGAAGAGCUUUUUAGAUGCAUUUCUCAAGGACAAGGACUCGGCCGGCUGGUCUGAACCUGGCAAGGUGGCGCCGGUAAGUAUGGUCUUGCGCAAGGGCAAUGUAGGAUUCAACAACCCCGAAUUCGAAGCCACAUAUGCUCGGCGAGAAGAAUCCACCUGGCCUAUCGCACGAACGCAAUACACCAACUACCACCUCCACCCUGAUGGCACUCUUUCUACAGCGCCGUCUUCGGUCCCAGGGAUGAAAUCAUACCAAGCACUUGGCACACUCGACAACCCACAAUCGCUUCAAUUCACAACGCCGCCAUUCGAGCAAGACACUGAAAUCACCGGCCACAUCGUGGCACGUCUGAACGUCUCUGUAUCCGUCACCCCGGACUCUGAUACUGAACACGAGAAAGAUAUUGACCUUUUCCUCACCCUCCGUUACCUCGCCCCAUCAGGCGAGGAAGUCCACUACACAGGUACAGCAGGUGACCCCAUCCCUCUCGCCAAAGGCUGGCUACGCGUCUCCCAGCGCAAAACCGACGAUAAGAACCCCAAACACCGAUCCUACCUUCCAUACAGGAGAUACUUCAAAGAAGACGUACAAGACGUGCAGCCGGGAGUUGUCUAUGCUGUUGAUGUUGAGGUGUGGCCUACGAAUGUGCUUGCUGAGAAGGGGGGACGGUUGGUGCUUGAGGUUGCUAGUGGGGAUACGCAGGGCAGUGGGGUGUUUCAGCAUAAUAGUGAGGUUGAUAGGUCGAAGAGCAGAUUCGCGGGCUUGAAUCACGUACACUUUGGAGAAAGGCUUGAAAAUUAUGUCACGCUACCAGUUAUCCCAAAUAAAGGCUAG